AUGUCCUCUGGCCGAAACGCUCUGACCACUAGAACUAUCACUCUAGACCAAGUCCAGCAUCUUGGACUGUCAUCUGAAGAAGCUUCUGUAUCCAAGAAGAAGUCGAUCAUUUGGAAGGAUUUUGGUGUGUACUUAGAUAAGAAACUAGACUGGCAUUUGGACCAGGACUUUGUGGAGAACGCCUCUGCUAGCCCCACUGUUAUCUUAAACGUUCUUUCUGACUCUUCAUACCUCUCGCAGGUGGUCAAGUUUCAAAUUUGUAAUUCUUGCAAGCGUCCCGUAGGCGAAGAUACCAUCAAAACCCACUACACACGCUGCGUUGAAAUGAAGCAGAAAAGACUGGAACAAGAAGGCACCACAAGCUCUGUUGCGCUGAAGAAGAAACGCGGUAGAGCUGGUAAUUCGUUGCUUGAUGUCGAGAACUCAUCGGUGAACUCCUCCAGAGGUGCUACACCAGCUCCAACAAGUCCAACUUCUACUUCCUCUGGUGCGAUUGGUCGCCCUAAAAAGAAGUACAAGAAGUCCCAAAUGCAAAAGGAGAAAGAGGCUGCCAAUGCUGCUGCUGCCGCCGCUUUGGCUGCUGAAGCUGCUGCCAAUAGAGCGCAGAACGCAACUGCCACUAAGAAGAAGAAGUCAGUCAAACCUAAACCGGUGACUGUCAAUAAGUCUAAGGGCCCUGUUGAUGUUGAGAAACAGUGUGGUGUGGCAUUGUCUCUGGGAGGGUUCUGUGCUCGUUCAUUGACUUGUAAGACACACCCUAUGGGAGCUAAGAGAGCUGUGCCAGGAAGAAGUGCACCAUAUGACGUAUUGCUCCAGAGAUACCAAAAACGGAAUCAGGCCAAGCUAGCUGCAACCAAUGCUUUGGCAGCUCAGAGACGUGAGGACGCUCAACUCUCGGGUGUUACCAUUGAUGAUGACGAUGGAGCUAUGAAUAUUGUUCUUGACCCAGAUGAGGAAACACAAUUGGUGCUCGAAGGUUUGUCUAAAAACUCCCCUUGUCCGCUAGAGCGAAAAGUUAUGGUCUCUGUCAAACACCGCCAUCGUUUCUUGUAUAUGAGAGAAGCAUAUGCUAAUGCCCUUAUCACUAAUGGCCCUGCCUCCGCUGAUGCACUUUCUCUGUCUGCUGAUCUCAAGUUAGCCAAUCAAGCUAUUUCAGGAUCAAUGGGUGGUUUACAAGGUCGUUGUGCACUUGUUAGUGUGGAUCGUGCCUCGGAAGGCAGUACACAAAGCUAUGCAACAAUAGCCGGUGAAUUAUACUCCGUCCGCGCACCCCUGAAAGCAGUGACUAUGACAGCUCAGUAUAAUCAACACCAGCAGCAGGUCUUCCAACAACAGGUUUUAAAGUUGCAACAGCAACAGCUUCUUAUGAGACAGCGUCAACAGCAGCAACAGCAACAACAGCUGCAAACUCAAAAGGCUUAA